CUCGCUCGGUUCAAACGGUAAAGCAUCCCAAACGCUCACCCGGACGUCGCUAAACGUCGGCGCUUAAUGAUGAUGACAUAGAUGUCAACUGUGGCUUUUCCCCGUGUUGCACGCUUUAGCUCGUGUACGUCCUGAAAGUCUUGAAAGAACUCCCGCGCCGUGUGUGGACUUGAACUCGGUCAUGGCUCUGAAACGCCUGAACGCGCUGCGGCCUCUGCUGCGUCGCUCGCUGGCGCAGCAGGUGCACCCCCCCCUCGCCUCCACCUCCGCGCUGUCGCCUCUGCUGUGCCCCGGCGGCGCCUGCCACCCCGCGGCGUGCGCCAGGCUCUACGCCACCAAGAAAGCGAAAGCAAAGGCAAAGGGCCAGUCGGCUAAGGUGAAUAUUAACACGGCCCUGGUGGAGGACAUCAUCAGUCUGGAUGCAGUGAUGGGUGACAUGAGUGAAGUCCUUAAUGCUCUCAAAGAUGACUUCACACGCAACCUCAGCAUUCGAACCUCACCAGGAGCUCUCGAUCACAUCGUGGUGACGACUCCGGACGGAAAGUUUCCUCUGAACCAGCUGGGUCAGAUCUCCAUGAAAUCGCCUCAGCUCAUUAUGGUCAACAUGAGCAGCUUCCCCGAGGCUACGGCAGCAGCCACCCGUGCCCUGAGAGAGGGCAGCAUGAACCUGAACCCAGAGGUGGACGGGACCAUCAUCAAGGUGCCCGUUCCCAAGGUAACACGGGAGCACAGAGAGAACCUUGUCAAGAUGGCGAAGCAGUUCAGCAACAAGGCUAAAGAGUCGCUGAGGCGACUCCGCUCCAACGCUUUGACGCAGGUCAAAAAGGCGAAGGAGGGACACUCGGAGGACACCGUACGGCUCGUAGAAAAGCAGAUCCAGCAGAUGGCCGACGACAUGGCGGCAGAUAUCGACAAGCAACUUGCAGCCAAGACUAAAGAGCUGUUAGGUUGAUGGAGAAGGUCAAAGGUCAAGCACAGGUCUCAUUGGCUCUUGAUAUUGUACUGUCAUUUACUCCCAGCUGGAACUACACGGGGAUGCCACUCCAGCAUGAGCAGCGUUUCAGUCUGACCUUCCUAAUAAACCACACAGACUCUCA